CAGACGUUUUAAAACUAAAAUGGGUUUAUGAUUUAUUAGAAGCUAUAUAUACUAGGCAGUGAAAGUGCAGACCUGCUGUGUUAUGAUGGAACUUCAUCAUACGCACCAAGAAAGAGAAAGAAAGAAUUCUUAAAAAAUCUUACUGGAUGACUGUCCGUAACGCCAGUAUUGAGGUCUGUUUUAAAGAAUAAGCAACAGCAACAACAACAACAACAGUUUGGUUCAUCUAGAGAGUAUUGCCAAAAUUCACAGAAGCUGAUCUACUCCARAUUUUCUUGUCCUGCUAGUUUUACCAACUGACACCCGAGGCUCCAAUCGUGAUUCAAGAAACAGAGUAAAACAGACAUGCUGUUCGGCCCUGGUCACUGCGCAGGGGUCUUGGCUCCAAAGGAGGUCUCCUAUACAAACAUGAGUUUAUCUUUAAUCUUCAUGAUCUUCACGGUGCCAGGCAACCUCUUAGUAAUUCUGGCCAUCCUUAAAGACCCACACAAAGAAGUGCGCUCACCCUUCACCCUUCUGAUCCUGAACCUCGCUGUCACAGACUUGAUUGUUGGCAGUGUAGUGGAGCCUCUAUCGAUCUAUAUCCACUACCGUGAAGGCAAAGGUCUCAGUAUCAAUAUGUCCUGGCUCUCGCAGACCGCCUACUUCCUUUGCUGUACUGCAUCGUUACUAAGCCUCGCUACUUUGACAGUCGAUAGAUACCUUGCUAUCGCACGGGCGGUCUGGUACAGGGCUAACGUCAAUAACAAAAGAGUAGUCUACGCGUCGAUUUUUGUGUGGACUCUGUCUUUUGGCUUCACCAUGAUAUUCUUCGAGGUAGGCUUCAUCUCGUACGCCUUUGUUUUUGCGAACAUCGCAAUUCUCAGCACGUUCAUCAUCUUUAUCUUCACCUAUGUACAAGUUUUCAGAGUUCUGAAAAGCCAACUGUCGAGCCUUGCGAGCUUCCAUGACGGAAGCGCAGGACAACUAGAGCGCGCUCAUCGACGCUCCAUGAUCUGGGAGAAACGAAUAACCAAGGCCUACCUGAUCGUACUAGCAGUAUUUCUAGCCUGUUAUGUGCCGUCAUGUAUCAUGAUAUACCUAAUGAACAUGUGCGAGUCCUGCAGCUGUGAUUUAAUUCACUGGUUCAGAGACGCGCAGUUCAUUCUGGUCACUAUCAAUUCGCUCAUCAAUCCCUUCGUCUACGCCUUCAGGUUAGAAAACRUACGAAGGGCUGUGUUCACCAUUUUGAAGUGCAUGCCACUUUGCAAAACUAACAAGGUGAGUGUUGAAAGUAACGUGCUUUCUGAUGUCACACCGGAAGAAAAUAAAAGGACAGCAAGCACUUCGAUCGAGAACAGACAAGGAGGACAAAACCCAGAGAUUAGUCGUCAUUCUCCUGAAUUUAGCGAGCCGGCUCCUGUUCAUUGAAAACACUGUUUCUGAUAGUAUGUGAAACURUACUUUAUCAUGCUGCAAGAUCUACACUGGUUAUAUGAAAAGCACUGAAUUGAAUUCAAGAUCCUACUGGUAACGUAUGAAGCCUAGUCUAAAUCUUGAACCAUACGUGUCCUUUACUAACAAGUUGUGAGUCAGUUCAUCCACUGUGAUAAGCAAGCAAAAACCUUAUUGCAUCCAGUGGUUGAGGAAAAACCUGGGUCGAGUUGGCAUUGCAAUGUACAGGCAUCCCAGCCACUUUUUAGACAAAUUUGAUAGGAAAUAUAGGCUGUGCAAGUUCUAAA